ACCACUCGUUCAACAUGGCGCUCCCUGGACAGAUUCUCGGACCAACAAGUGCCAACAGUCUCGGCACAGGAACUCACAUCCAAGGCACCGAUCUCUGCGCAAGCAUUUCCGGUCCCAUCCUCUCCCAACCUUCAACAAGCAAAACCUCAAAACUUCCCACCGUUUCCAUCGCCCGCACGACAGGUACUCUCCUUCCCGAAGUUGGAACCGUCAUCCUAGGCAAAAUCACACGCACCGGCCCACGACAAGCCAACGUCACGAUCCUGGCCCUCGGUUCCGCAGGCGAACACGUCUGUGGCGAUGCCUUUCCCGCUCUCAUCCGACAGCAAGACAUUCGCGCAACGGAGAUCGACAAGGUGAAAGUCGCGGAGAGUUUUCGGGUUGGGGAUGUGGUGCGUGCGACGGUGAUUAGUCUAGGAGAUGAGAGGAGCUAUUACUUGACGACCGCGAGGAAUGAGCUGGGCGUUGUGAUGGCGCAGAGUGAGUGGGGAAAUCAGAUGUAUCCCAUCUCGUGGAAGGAGUUUCAGGAUCCGGAGACGGGAUUGAGGGAGCUGAGGAAGGUGGCGAAGCCGGUUUGA